UCUAAAAUGGAUUUAAAACAGCUUUUGAUCGUCGUUGCUUUUGCUACAUUGGUGUGUAGUAUUGAAACUGACGACAUUGAACAUAAAAAGAGAGGCGCUGGGAAAUCGACUGGAGUGAACACUAUCCCCACUGGUAUACAGAAGCCAGAUUAUACUUAUACCAUUUAUACUCAAAACCCUAAUACACAGAGCAGUCACAGUACAUCAAGUCAAAGUUACCAAACUCAAAUCCCUAACUCUUUCUAUCCUAACCAAGCCAAUAGUCAGUAUUAUUCUUCCGUUUCCUCCAACGAAGGGACUCAUUCAAAUCCACCUCAAACAAAUGCACAACACCAAGGUUCAGCACAAUUUGUACCUCUCAACUUCAUUCCAAAUCCAGGUUACCAAGCUAAAUAUCAAAUUGUACCUGCUAAGUCAGCUAACGGUAUUCAACUAGCCCUUGUCCAAUCGUCUUCUGGAUAUUCGCCACAGAAUUUACAUGUGUCCCAGCCAGCAGUUUAUCCACAACCUACAAACCAAGUAAAUUCACACAACAAUCAAUUAGUAAAUUCAGUUUUCCCGCACGGACAUUUCAAUUUUCCCAAUUAUCAACCAUUGAUAGGUUCGCCUUAUUUGUCUCAAACGCCUACAAUUCUUGUUCCGCAAAUAAAUCAUCCGUUUUAUAACAACCUCCUUUAUUCUAGUCCAGGUCAAAACAUUUAUUAUCCAACGAAUGUCCAACCUAAAUACAGUUAUACACAAAAUUCCCCCUCAAGCAAUACAAAUGAUUAUGAAAAGUUGCAAGGACCUAUUUCACAAAGUAACUCUAAGGAAAGUAAUGAUAUUUCCGCACAAAACAGCGAAGUGAUACAUGGUGAUUCUAUUUCUGGUUAUAAAAAUGGAUAUACAGGUCGUAGUCAAACAUAUACCAAAUUGACAUAA